GGCACAGAAACUCAUAACAUUAAGAGAUGUCAUUGGUGUGUGGGCUGUCCAUCUUUUCUGCGCAUGGCACGAAACGAAAUUCAAGUUCAAACUGCGGCAAAUGUGUCAGAAAGAGGUUCAGUAGGCAAGAGCGUGAUGUCUGGCGAAAUGUCCGAAGCGUCUGAAAGCAAAGGCGAGAACUUUGGUAGUAGUUCUAGUGAUGGCGACCAGCAAAACCUUCCACAUCCCUGGCCUUACCUCAAAGAAUUGUUCGAAAUCGUCGGGAGCAAAAACGACUCAUGGAGAAUGCACUGCAAACUUUGUGAACCAAAGAACCAUGUGCUUUUGGCUUUCAAGAACUCGCCUUCCAAUUUGAAAAAACAUGUAGAGAGAAAACACCCUAAUCAUCUGGAGAGAUACAAAACUUUGACUUCAAACACCCAAAGAAGAAAGCCAGAAAGAGAACCAGAUGAAAGCCCCCCAUCCAAGCAAACUAAGUUAUGGGAAACCAGAAGAGUGUCCCAGGCCAGUUUGGAUAAAUCAGUCCUCCAUUUUAUCAUACAAGGCCUUCACCCACCUAAUGUAGUUGAGCAGCAGGGUUUCAUAGAUCUUGUACAUCUUCUCCAGCCCAAUAUUAAUGUGAUUUCACGCAACACUGUUGUGAACAAAGUAGAGAAGGCUUCCCUGGAAAUGAAAAACAAUCUAAAAACCGUUCUAAGUGAACUUCAGUUCAUUGCCACUACAACUGAUUGCUGGACAGCUUACAGGCGUGGAUUCAUAGGUGUCACAGCACACUGGAUAGACCCCCAGACUAUGACGAGAUGUUGCGCUGCCCUAGCCUGCAGACAGCUUAAAGGUUCACAUACUUUUACUGUUCUUGCCAGUGCUCUGAACGAUAUCCACAGUGAAUUCAAUAUCCGUGAAAAAAUUACCCGCACCACAACUGACAAUGGCUCAAAUUUCGUAAAAGCUUUUAGGGUUUAUGGUCAGACUGAUGAAAAUAACAAUUUAGCAGCAGAGAGUGGUAAAGGAGAUGACGGUGUUGAAGAUGAAUAUGAUGAUGAAGAGAAGGAUAGCACUGAGAGCAUGGAGUUUGUUGAAGCUGGAGCCAUACUGGAUGAGGACGACUGCCUGGAAUAUCAGCUUCCAAAACACCAUCGCUGCGCCUGCCACCUUCUCAACUUGGUGUCAACAACUGAUGUUGAGGAGGCAAAUAAUAACACAGUUUACAAAAGGGUCUCACGCUCAACAUUCUCAAAGUGCUGGAGUCUGUGGAAUAAAAGUGCAAGAUCCACCACAGCAGCAGAGAUCAUUGAGGAGACUUGCAAACUCCAGCUCUUGAGGCCAAAUGCAACAAGAUGGAACUCCCUUUUCUUAGCAGUGGAAAGGAUUGUGAGAAUUGCCAGAGAACAUGGAGAACGAGCCAUUGCAGCUGUCUGCAGUGCACUGAAGAUACCCAUGUUUACUCCUGUAGAGCUUGCCUUUCUGUCCGAAUAUGCAAAGACUAUGAGCCCAGUUGCAAAGGCUCUUGACGUACUUCAGGGAGAGGCCAAUGUGCAAAUGGGAUGGUUGGUCCCUACAAUAACCCUACUCAAGACUAAGCUCCAGCACCUUCACAUUUCUUCCAAGUUCUGUAGGCCAUUGAUUGAUGCACUUUUAGCAGGACUUGAAAAACGAUUUGGACAAAUGCUUAAAGAUCCGGAGCUGAUAGCGGCGGCUAUUCUAGUCCCCAAAUUCAAGACGUGCUGGACAAGUGAUGAACAAAUCAUAAAACUUGGCCUUGACUAUAUCAAAAGUUACUUGAGAGACCAAACUGUGGAGAAUCAAGGUGAGAGCUCCCAUUCUUCAGAGGAGGAGGACUUCUUUUCUGCAAUCAAACAGACCAGUUCCCAAGAAAAUGCUAAACAGCUGGAGACUUACCUUGGAUGCCCAGGUGAUACAGUAGAGAUACUUAAGUCUUUCCCUGCAGUAUGCAACCUGUCGUUGAGGCUUAACACAGCACUACCAGCCUCAGCAGCCUGCGAGAGACUGUUUAGUUCAGCAGGACUGAUCUUUGGACCAAAAAGGGCACGAAUUGAUUCUAAGAACUUUGAAAACCAGCUUCUUUUGAAACUAAACAGAAGGUUCUGGUGAUUGUGUAGGGUUUGUCAAUGUAUUCUUUCUGUCAUACACAAACACAAGAAUACUGACAUACACACACACACACUCUCGCUCUCUCUUUCUCUCUCUGUCUCUCUCUCUUUCUUUCUUUCUUUCAUUCAUUCUUUCUCUCCCUCUCUUUUUCUCUCUCCCUCUCCCUUUUUCUCUCUCUCUUUCACUCACUCACAUGCACACGCACACACACAAAAUCAACACAAACACUCUUUUUGUGUUCCACACAGACUGACAUGCACAUUUGCCCAAGUCAAGCACUUCAGACUACAGAGACUGUUUUGAUAUGUAGCAUUUGUCCACUUUUAUAGCCUGUUUUUGAAGGGAAUUAUGGACAUGUUCAUCACACAGGCAUAAUUACAAUAAUUCUUUCUCUCUCUCUCUCUCACACACACACACACUCACUCACUCACUCACAAUCUCACACACACAGUCACACCAACAGACACUCUCUUUUUGUUCCACAUGGACUGACAUGCACUUCUGUUCUUGCACAAAGUCAAGCACUUCAGGUUUCAGAGACUGUUUUGAUAUGUACCUAGGUUAUGCUUUAGUAAGUUACUCCCAAGUUUUUGAUGGGACUAAGGGAAUAAUGCACAACAAAGAUGUAUACAACUGCCACAAAAACACUCACUGCACAUACAAAAUGUACAUUCUUGCACUCUCCUACUCUCCUAGUGCUAUGUGCAAAACUAUGCUUUUGUUUUGGUAGUGUUUAUCUGUAUACAGUAUAUGAGUUACUCCAUGUUUUGAAGGAGUUUCAUUUGCAUAGGUUUGAAGUCUAUGUCUCUCUUUUUGUCCACCCACACUCAAAUGUAUUCAGUAUAUUUCUCUGCUUAACACGCACUGACAAGCACACUCCUUAAUACACAGACACUCAAGUCACAGUCAUGUGCUGCUAAAAUAAUGUCCUGAUAGUUUUGCCGGCCACGGUAUGUCUUGAAUAUUACUACCUCAGUUUGAAAGUCUAUUUGAAUUCCAAUAAAGUUUGAGGAAAACAUG